ACAGAAUGCAAUGGUCAUUGGUUUGCCGCUGGGCAGCGAGGAUGUGGCGGCGGCAUUUGACGCCCACUUGGUGGCCGAUCAGCUGACAGCUGCGUCCAAAAAGCAUGAGCAUGAGCACGGCGAGGAGAGUGAGUCCGAGUCGGGCGAGAAGCAUCAUAGCGAGCACUAUAAGAAGCAUGGCGAGCAUGGCAAGAAGGGGCACAAGCAUGCGGAACACUCGGAGAAGGGCGAGAAGGGACAUCACGACAAGGAGGGCAAGAAGGGUGAGCAUGGCGGCGAGGAGGGGCAUGAGAAGAAGCACAAGCACUCGGAAUCGCAUCACAAGAAGAAGAAGAAUAGCGAAAAGGGCGCCAAGGGCAGCGAAUUCGAAGAUCAUGGCUCCUACAAAAAAGGACACUCCAUCAAGGGCAAGCACAAUGUGCACAAGCUGAACGAAAACAAAAAGGAGAAGAAAUACUAUGAUGAGGAUCAUGUCGAGGGCGGCGAGGAGAAACACGGCGAAUUCGAAGAGGCGAAGAAGCACAAAAAGGGCGGCAGCCAUAAGAAGGGCGAGAGCAAAAAGGGCGGCCAUGCCGAGCACUACGGCAAGAAGGGGCACAGCAAGAAGGGGCACAAGAAGAAGGGCCACAAGGGGCACAAGAAGAAGCACGAGGAGUCCAAGAAGUGGGGCCACAAAAAGGAGCAGGGCAAGAAAGGCGGCGAGGAGCACAAGAAGAAGUGGCACAAGUCCAAGAAAAAGGGCAGCGAGCAUGGCAGCCAUGGCAAACAUUGA